GAUCAAGCAAGUUAAACCUUCUCUGAUUGGAAUCACCUGGUCAGGAAUAUUGUCACUCAGCCCUCCAGUUAGACCAAUUUUGCCAGCGUCUUUGUCUGGGAAUAUAUCAUCCAAACAGGUACCCUACGCCCGAUCAUCCCACUCCAAUUUACCGCAUUACGAAGGCUGAAUAAAUAAAAUGCAAUAUUUUGGAAGGGCAAUCGGCUCUGUAUCCAAAACGUGGAAUUCGAUCAAUCCUGCUACACUUUCUGGUGCAAUUGACGUUAUAGUUGUUGAAGAUGAAGCGGGAGAGAGACAUUGCUCACCUUUCCACGUUAGGUUUGGUAAAUUUCAAUUACUACGACCAUCGCAGAAAAAAGUUACGUUUGUGGUUAACGGAGAAACAACAGAUAUUCCGAUGAAACUAAACGAUGAGGGAGAGGCAUUCUUUGUUUUUAAAACAGACGGAUAUGUUCCCAAACACUUACAAACGUCGCCCGUUGUUAGCGCUCUGAGUUCACCAAGCGAUUCUCCGAGAAUGUCACCAUCCAACAGCAGUGGCGACGUUUUAGAGUAUUUAGAUAUUGGCGAGGGAGCCUCUGAUUCCAACUUACUGUCGACUAAUACAAUUAAAUCAGACUCUGAACUUGCAAAGCUAAGAAAAGAUAGAUUAUGCAAAUCCCCAAUAGAGCGUGCAAAACACAUUUCAAUGAAGCUGAAUAUUCCUUCGAAAGUUGAAGCCAACGGUGAUAUCUUUUUAGAUAUGGAUGGUUACAAAAGUGACAAUAAAGAUGUUCACGGAACAGACGCCCUUGUAAGGCAAAUUUUAGAAGAUGAGUUUGGUGAUGAUGUCGAUGUCCAAUCGAUGAUGAACAAAGAUUUGAAGGGAAAUAUCCGAAUUCUUAAUAGUACCAUUGAUUCUUCAGUACCAGGAACAUCUUCUGCUUCUAUAGUUUCGACUCCAUCUGCAAACUUAUCAGAUAAUAGCAGUCUUCAAGCUGAUGCUGCGAUUUCAACUGCAUCGACAACUAGAUCCAACGAUGUUCAUUUCAAAAGUUUGAGGUUGACCUCAGAACAAUUAAAGUGUUUAUUAUUGAAUGAUGGUGAGAAUGAUAUAACAUACAGUGUCAAUAGUGGCAAAUCCAUUGUAACAUGUAAACUGUUUCUCUGGAAACGAGCCACUCCUAUUGUUAUUUCAGAUAUAGAUGGAACCAUCACCAAAUCAGAUGCGUUGGGCCAUGUAUUGACUAUGCUAGGUCGUGAUUGGACCCAUGAAGGUGUUGCAAAGUUAUUCGAUGAUAUUGAAUUUAAUGGAUACAAUAUUAUGUAUCUAACUGCAAGAUCUGUGGGCUUGGCAGAUACAACCAGAUCCUAUUUACAAGGUGUUCAACAAGAUGGAUAUAAACUACCUAUGGGUCCUGUCAUACUAUCUCCUGAUCGAACAAUUGCUGCGUUGAGGAGAGAGAUUGUGUUGAAGAAACCUGAAGUUUUCAAAAUGGCUUGUUUGAAUGAUAUCAGAGCAUUAUACUAUCCAGAAUCAAAAGGAGACGGAAAAAUUCCUGAAUUCGAUGAUGACCAUCUUGCAGCGAUUGUUGAUGAGAGCAACACUCCUUUCUAUGCUGGGUUUGGGAACAGAAUUACCGACGCAAUCAGUUAUAGAAGCGUUGGUGUCCCAUCCUCAAGGAUCUUCACAAUCAAUCCCGAGGGAGAUGUUAAAAUGGAACUAUUAGAGUUGGCUGGAUUCAAAAGUAGUUAUGUUUCAAUUGUCGAGUUAGUUGAUCAAUUUUUCCCUCCUGUUGAUAUUGGCCAGGGGAAGGACAAGAAAGCUACUGACGGAAGCAUGGAAAUGUCGAUGAGUAAUGCAAAGAACAAAUACACGGAUUUCAACUACUGGAGAAGUCCUGACAUUGACUUGUCUUUGAUCAGUGACGACAGUGAUGAGGCAGAGGAAGACGAUGGGUCAUCCGAAGAAGAAAAGGACGAUGCGAAGAGCAUUGGAAGCCGGUUCAGCUUUUUCAUGAGAUCUCCAAUGAGUUCCCCAGACAAGAACAGGGCUGUUGAUGCGAGGGAGGACGACGAGAGGCCGAGUAAGGCGGCCGACGACGACGACGAGGGGGACGACGACGACGACAGCGACUCCGAUUACAUCUACGAGACGAGCGAGGACGAGGACGAGGACGAGGACGAAGACGAAGACAAGGACGAAGACAAGGGUGACGAUGAGGACGCCGGGGGGGACGACGACGCACAAGGCCCCGGAGAGCAGGACGCUGCAGAGCAGGAGAAGGAGACCAGCGGCUCGGGCAAGCUGGCUAUGGGCAGCAUGAAAAACGGCUCCCGCAGCAGCAGUGUGUCUGCCGUGAACAAUACAUUUUCACCAUCCAGCACGUUACUUUCUCCGCAAUCUUUAGUUUCUCCGAACUACCCUACGCACCAGCUCACAUCCACUUCCAUCACAUCGUCUAGAAUGAAAUCACCUGUUGGUCUUUCAAGAUUUACGCUACCCGAUUGUUCCCAUCUCCCUGUUUUUAAAACUAGAAAUUAUGAUGAGGUUUUAUCGAUCAAGAAUGAUAAUUCCAUUCAUUUAUCAACGAUGUUAACCCCGAAUGAAGUUAACUCACUACCAGACUGGUUGGGAGGGGUGAUUGGGAAUGACUUGGGUUCUUCGGUAUUGACCGAAAAGUUCAACAAUCUUCAAAUUCAAGAGCGUGCUCGUUUAAAUCAUGCGUUGACCAAGACUGAUAUUGCGAAUGCUCAAUCCACAGGUGAACGACCAGUUAUUUCUGCUGGGGUAGAGUUGGGGAGAAAAAAUAGAUACAAGGAUAUAUUUUUAUAUGAACAUGCAAGAGUCAAGUUGAAGAAAUAUGAUCCAGCAUCAAAGGAAUUGGAUAGCGUUGCUUCCUAUAUCAAUGCUUCUUAUAUUCAUUAUCCAAACUCCAAGCUGAAUUACAUUGCAACUCAAGGUCCAUUGAAUGAAACAAUAGGAGAUUUCUGGAAUGUGGUUUACUUCAACGAUGUUCCAAUUAUUUUCUCAUUGACACCACAAUCUGAAAAUCAUGUCGAGAAAUGUGCACCUUUCUGGAACUCUGGCGUUUAUUUCUCAAAUGGAGUCAAGAUCAAAGUAGACUUAAUUGAAGAGGUUGAAGAUUUACAACUAUCGUACAAGACAGAGGCCAAAUGCAUUGCUCGUAGAAUCCUUGUCACUGUUGGCGAAAAACCCCCUAAAGAGGUUUUACAACUGCAUAUGGUGAGCUGGCCGGAUUACAGUAUUGUGAUCUGUGAGGAGGAUAUCCUAAGUUUGGUAGGUAUGAAAAGAUUUAUUUGCAAACAGUUGAAUAUUGAAUCAGUUCCUAUUUUGGUUCAUUGCAGUGCAGGUUGCGGAAGAACUGGAAGUUUUUGUGUAAUUGACACCUGCAUAGAUGUUUUGUUCAAGGAAGAAAAAGAACAUAAGCAAGAAACAAAAGAUUUGAUUUACGAAAUUACAUCACAGUUUAGAUCUCAAAGAGUUUUCAUGGUUCAAACUUUGAGGCAAUACAUGCUUAUUUAUGAUUCAAUAAUUAAGUUUGUAAAGAUGCAUGAAAAAGCACCCAAGUUUGUAGUUGGUGACGUAUUGACGGGUGAAGGCUUAGUUGAUUGGGAAAGAAAAGAUCCAGGAAUCAUAAAAAGAUUUAUAGAAACAUAUAGGUAAAGGAUACAUACAUACCAUGGAUUUAACUAUGUUAUAAAAAACAAAAGAAAAGGAAGGUUUUAGAUUAGUAAUUCUUAGGUCACAAAUUUAUUGGAGACCGAGUUAUAACUCAUGUUUUCUCUUCAAC